AUGGAAGAGGGCGAGACGUGUCAGGAGUACAAUCUGAGUUAUCUUAUGCAACAUAACAAUGUUUCAUUCACUCGCACCCCGACCUUUGCGCCUUGCUUGGCGCUGGUAUUGGUAGCCGUUCUGGGACUUUUCGGCAAUCUUCUCGCUUGCUUUGUCACCAGUACCAAAAAGUUCAAGCAGCUGUCGUUUUCCGUGUAUAUUCAGGCACUCGCAAAGGCGGACACCCUAACAUUGUUUCUGUCCGCAGCGCCGUUUUUUCUGGAAUGGCUGUACGAAAACAGUGCUCGCACGGUAUUUGGAGUUGCCGGGUACCUCUCUCUUCAUUUUAUUUCGCACACAGCUCAGAUGGCGUCCUCUUGGUUGAUAGUGGCAAUUUCUGUGGACAGAUUCAUCGUAGUUGUUCACCCGCUUAAGCGCAGUCAAUUGUGCACCCGCAGGCGAGCAGCAUGGACGUCCUUCGGCAUCCUGUUGACAUCAGCCUGUUUAAUAGCGGCAGAAAUCCUAGUAGCUGUGCUACACGAAACAGAUGCUUGUUUACAAAACUUUUCGGAAUUGAGUGAGUUUAGCGCGAUGACCAAAAUGCGGAGGCUCGUGGUCACACUCAUUGUUCCUGGAGCUUUAGCGCUUGGGCUAAACAUCAAAGUUCUGCACGUCAUAAGAAAAAUGCGCAAAUUCCGAAAACAGUUGUCGGAGGAUCGAAUUAAUCACACCAGGCACAAAAACGGCCAAGAGAAGAUAACUCGAGCUCUGACAAUCUUGAGUGCCUUGUCCGCCAUUUUGUUUAUUCCUGUGAUUGUGCUUGACAUCAUGGACGCUGUACAUAUGGAACGCCACCUACAAGAAGACGCGUCCACAGAAGCCAUCGUUAGCCGCUGGUGCAUUGCGGAGCUAAUUUACAUAACUGAUAUAUCACUUCAUUUUUACACUCUGAUAGGCAUUCUCUACGGUUACACCCUCAAGUGUCUGACACAAGCGUCCUUGCUCAAAAGUCGCUUCAUAGGCUGGAAACCCAACGCUCCUCCCAUCAACCCUACAACAUGUAAGUGCUACAACGUACAGCUUGAGACAUAUAACAACAACAACAACUCACCAUCGGCAUCUCCGCGAUACCAGAAAAGGGCAAGUACAGAAAUGCAACAGUUGUCUUUAAGUACUCUCACGUAA